GGUUAAAACCCUAACGUAUUGCCGGUCCUGAUCGAGAAAAAGCUUCUCGGAAAACCCUAGCAAAGAAUGGGGGGAAAGUGUCCGCACAGGAAGGUGAAGAAGAGAAGGUACUCUCACAAGACCUCUCGCCGCGCCAAGUUUCUCGUCAAAGGUGACGAUGCUGUGUAUGAGGAUCUUCAGAAGACAGACGAGCAGAGGAAGCCCUUGCCCGUUGAUGAAGAUCUUCCCGGAAUGGGUCAAUACUACUGCCUGCACUGCGAUCGAUACUUCGCUAGUGUGGCCGUGAGGGAUGAACAUUUCAAGACGAAAAGACAUAAGAAACGAUUGAAACUAAUGAUGGGCUCGGCACCUCAUACACAACUUGAUGCUGAUCUAGCCGCUGGGAUGGGUAUGCCGGAUAAUGGUCCAAAGCUAAUGUCUAUGUGAGCUCCUAGCUUUGUCGACCCUUGUGUGGAUAUCUGUUUCAAAGGAAUGCUCAUUAAGCUGCAACUUCACUUCCAGAUAGUAGCUCGGUGGCAAUUUAAGAGUGGUCAUCGUCAUAUUUGAGCGUGGCCUAUAAUGUUUAUCAUAUAUAUUAAAUCAAUCAUCUGUGAUGUAAUGCUACUGCUCGACUGUUAGCUUUUACUUAUUACUGUCCAUUUUUCCUUUUUGCGUUUCAUGUUUGGAUGAUUGCUUGAUUAAAUUUUGACUGAGCUGCAGACCAUCACCUGUUGCCGGAUUUUGUAAAAUUCAGAAUGUAAGAAUGACCCUUCCUGUCACUGUUAUCAACGAACUUUAUCAAUGUUAUAUUUAUGUUAGCGAAGGAUUUUCAGCCAA